GUUAGCUAUUAAGUAUUUCGUAUAUAGCAGGACUGUUACCCUCCUCCCAAAAGCAUUCCGGCAUCUGUGUUAUUCCUGGUCUCACCUCUCACCCUGUGAAGCAAAGCUUGUUAAGGAAGGCGGCAAGGGGGAAAGAAAUGGAAUUUAUAGGGAACCGUAGCCAAGUGGCUAAGGCAUGAGUCUGCAAAACUUCUAUUCGUCGGUUCGAAUCCGCCCGGUUCCUACACUACAGCGCCGCGCCAUUCCACCCAUCAUUUUUUUACAUGGUUAGUGGAUAGAACGGGGCCGGAGCUUGCUCCUUCGUACUAGUGUAGUGGCUUAGCUGCCCUAGUUUCCCUUCCUUACCGGUAUUCCUUAGCAAAAGCACUAAGUAAGCCCUCAAAGGCCUUCACGGGCUAAAGAGGCGGAUUCCGGACAGGGGAAUUGACUUGCAAACUGUGGCUACGCACCUAAGAGCGGAAAUGCCGACAACAGCCCCUUCUUAGUCAAUGGGGCUAAGAAGGGGGUAGGAGCUUCGCCCGGCGAAACCCCAUGCUUUGAGAGUUCCUUUCUGCCAGCACUUUCUUUCUCUACCCGGGAGUCACUUCAUCAGUACCUGGGGCUACUGUCCCAGGAUGCCAAAGGUAUGAUCCAUACAUGGAAAGUGUCAACUUUGACUCACAAGCGCCACCCUCACCGGGUAAAUCCGGAGAAGGGCAACCGCUUCUGUAGGUAACGACUCAAAUUAAGAUUUUCAUUUAUAGAGUCGUGAACCAACGAGUCUUUAAGUAAGUGGGCGUUAAGCGUAACGAGCUUACAUUACAGGAGGUAGAAAAUCUUUGCCGUUAGUCUUUUAGAAAGAAAUAUUCAAGCUAGGCUAGUAAGAGAAGGAAUACAGGUAAGAAGUCGAGAAGUCAACUAACUUCUAGUGCUUUCCACACCCCGCCCCUUAGAGGGAAAUUUACCUGUGAAUGCGGUGCGGGCCACUGCUCUCCCUUUCACUCGAAACAAGAGUUCCGUGCCAAGCAUAAAGAUUGAAUCAAUAGGACCGUAUUCUAAUCCUAGAAAUGCCAGAACUCUCUUUCUGAAUGUCUCGACUUUCUUUCUCAAAAAACCGGACAGGGGUGCGGAAAUAGCAAGAAUAAAAUGAAUAGGCUCUUGUCAAUAGGUUGUUUGGCAGCUUUACGCGAAUCCACACUAGCUAACUUUACACAGAAGGACCACCACCAUUGAUACAUUGAUAGUGGAUUAAGUGGCAUUGUAUAUUUAUGCCCAAGUGCGGAGAAACUUAAGUAAGGGUAUCCUAUUGCUAAACAUCCGGCUACCAUAGUUUUUUGGGAAGAAGCCCAUGUCUGGAGCUAUGCCACUUUAGAAUCAUUAAUAUUCGCGGACACAACCACCAGAAGCCAUAUCUUUCGAAGGAAAUGAAACGGAUAUAAAUAUGAAGUAAAGAAAUAUAGAAUUAGAAAAAGCGGUAUGGUAUAAAGGCUUACGACCUGGAGAUUCUUAGCUUUUUAGACACAAUCUAUGUUACUAGCUAUUCAGUGGAUUCCUAGCCCUUGACUCAUGGUAGAGAACACCUAUUGGCUCGCUUUCUUUCUCUUUAUGUGGGGACGAGAACAAACUGACUAUAAAUCCGCGGAAUCCACUACCUGCCCCUGCUUCUUGGUCACCAGAAUCCACUGUCUCUACCUGUGCUCUAGCUUCGGGUUCACCUAGGUGGGAAACUAGCUCUCUUUAUGUGUAGAUAUGGCUGGUGAAACUGUUGGACGAACAGGACUCGUCUUUAAUGCGGGCUUUCUACAUACCACAGGGAUUCUAGAAGUGUACUCUGAUUUAAACGACCUGGUAUCUUGAUUGCUGCUAUUUUGAUUUACCCCGAGCCGGUUCCGGGGCCAGCGUCUAUUAAGAAGGGGAUAGCCGGCUUAUUUCGCUCCUAAAUACAUUUAAUUUAGCCUUUCUCCGGAACUACUUUGAAUACCGAUCCUUCCCAAAUCAAAUGCAACUGAUUAAAGAGCAGCAGCUCACUCGGUCGUAGGGAAAAUAGUAAUAUAUUAGUCAUUCAUCGCCUUGAGCGGAGCCUGGUCUGGGAUCGAGCCCUUCUGCCCUUCCUAAGGAUCAUAUUACCGUGUUGGCUAAACUAGCUUUCUGGCUUUGAGCUGGAACAAGGUAUGAUCCUUAGGAAGGGCAGAGCCCGUUUCCGAUGUGAGAUAGAAUAUCACUAACUAAAUAAAGCGUUCGCCUCUAUCGCCUACUUACUCGGGGAUUCCGUCUUAGAUCUCCCGAUCCGCCCCUGCGAGUGCUGGGACUUUCUCUUUUUUUCCUUCUAACUAUGGGCAGGUUUUCAGCUCAUUCCUUUGAUGAGUCUGAGACAACUCCAUCUCUUCAAAUCAAAUAGAGUACAUCAGAGAUUGUGACCUCUUUGCUUAAACGAGGUAGCCAUACCUAACCUACUAAGGGUUAAUCAAAGAAAUAGCGUAAGUGAAGCCCUUAAUGCAAGCACUAAGUAAGAAACCUACCUUUCCUCAACUCUUGGGCUUGAGGCUUCUUUUCAAGCUGAAUAGAAAUGGAAGAAGAAGACAGCUGGUAGCGCAGGUUGGAUCAACGCGUAGAUUCCUGCUGUCCUUGUUGAAUGAUCGAGUAGCUUCGACUUCACCUUUUAUCGAAAUUGGGUGGGUGAAUGUUCAGUCUAUCUGAGUAUAAGAUCGAAAAGAAUGAAUGCAUUGAUUGCAUUUCAAGUGAGAUGUCCAAGAGAAAGGGAACGAGGGGAAGAAGCGACGAAGAAAAGAAGUGAAUGAAAAAGCAUGGCAUGACGAGAAUGGAGAAAUUCGAGAUGUUAGAUGAACUUCCCUAUGGUAUGGGGCAUGGCGGUCGAACCCUUUUUACAAGGAUUUCACGACAUUUCGGCGAGCGCGGGGCAAAGGACGCUACCGCAGGUUCCCGGGAAUCCAAUCCACUUUCUAUAAUAAGGGGAAGGAACUUCGGUGGUCGAAGGGGAGGGAGGUCUCCCAAAAUGAGAUUUGGACGGCUGUGGAAAUUGCGGAACGAAAGCAAUGGCAAGACCUUCUCUCGUCCAAGGAGUGGCGGUUAACGGAGCGGCAUUUCAAUCUCUGCGAAAGCAGAAUUUCCGCUAUUGUAACAAAGACUUUGUCCUUAUAUAAGGAUAAGGAUAAGGAAGGACACCUAAAUCUAAACAUCAAAGAAGAAGCGGAUAUUGCCAGAGGCAUUGAUGCCUACUUUGCCGAUCUAAACCGCUUCACGUCUAAUCAACAGCGGUUACGGCAUAUUCAACGAGUCCGCGAGUGUAUAGGCAACCAAAAAAGUCCAAUAUGGCGCGAGAUAAGGGGCUACAUGGAAAAAAAAAAAAAAGAUCUAAUCUAAUAAGUUCUUCUAUCUUUCUUUUUAUCCUUUGAAUUACUCAUCUAUAUCCUAUGUAUGAUUUUCAUUUCGCAUCGGAAACUAUUUUAGGAGAAGUUCGAAUCCGUUCCGUUCGGAUAUUGAUCGGUCUUGGUUUGACAUGGUUUACGCGUUACUGGUUCCCGGAAGAGUUAAUAUCUCCAUUAGCUAAACCCUUUCUUACCCUGUCUUUGGACUCGUAUUUUGUUUGUACACAAUCAACGGAGGCCUCCCCGACAUAUGUUGCAACGUCUUCAAUAGCAUGUUCUUACUUCGUCUUUCCCUUAAUAAGUCAUCAAAUUUGGUGCUUUUUGAUCCCCAGUUGCCAUGGGGAACAAAGGAGGAAAUACAAUCGAUUCCUCUAUUUAAGUGGUUCUCGCUUCUCCUUGUUCCUGUUCCUAACUCUUCCCCGGGUAGUUCCCAAUGUUUGGUACUUUUUAUACUUCGUGGGUGCAACAUCAACAAAUUCGCUCAUGAUCAAGUUACAACCUAAGAUCUAUGACCAUAUUAUGCUAACUGUUCAGAUUUCGUUCAUUCCAUCGGUAUGCUCUCAGGUACCUGUAAUUGUGAUCUGUUUGCCAGAACCAAGGGGUCUUUCUGUGGAAACCUUCACGAACAAUCGUCGUUUUUUGAUGGUUUUUCCGCUUCUCACCGCUGCUCUUUCCACACCUCCAGAUAUCUGGUGCCAAAUCGUCGCCCAUUUCCUUAUUUCUUCGAUAAUAGAGUUGACUAUCUUUGUGGCAUCGAUUGUACAAGUUCGUGAAGAGGCUGGACGAGUGGAAUGAGGGAAAGCGGCUCAAUUGACAAAAAAGAAGAGUAGCCCCCCCCGAAGCUGCGAAGCAUUUAAGGACGCAGCCAAACACUAUGCGUUUUAUGUCGACGAUAUAGAGGGGGAGAAUUAAAAAAUACAAUUUAUAAUUAACUUUAUGCACGAGCUCCAGAAUCCGGGGAGCCUGUUAUGCUUCCGGAUCGAGGAGGAGGCCGCAAAAUGGCGGCCAUGGCCGGAUUGAAGGACAAUUAAUUAUUUUGGUUUCUCUGUUGGGUAAAACUAGUAUGUAUAAAGGGAAGGCGGGCCUUUGUCAUGGUGAGUUCUCCUUGGUUGGGUUGCUUCCGUGAUAAGUGAGGAGGGGAGUGGUGAGGGGGGCCCCUCGCAAAUGGUUCUCGCAUUCACUAUUUCAUUUCAGUAAUCCAAUAACGAGCAAAGCCAUUUUUAGCCAUUACACUCGGAAUCCGUAGUUCCUUUACUGGUAGUAUGAGCAAGGAAAAGGAAGGAGGCUAGUCCCCGAAAAUGCCUUUUGAAGUUGGGGUUCAAGCGUAAAACAAGGAAGAAACCUAUGUAGUGGGUUCGACUCCCAUUAUACGCGAUGUGGCGAAGAUUGCUCGUUAUUCCUUUUACCUGCCCGCUUAGUUAAUUGAUCUCUUGUUUAGCGAAUCGGGAAUAAAAGGCCGGCCUGGGUCUCUUUUCUAAAAAUGCUUUCUCCCGCCACCUGGCUCGUGAGUCUAAUUAUGGGGUUCAGGAAUAGGGGAAGAGGGAGUCUAAGUCUAUUGGUAUGGGUCCUAAUCGCUCGUAACGAUCCUUGCGGAUCCCCUCUAUCGUCUUCGUUCGAACUUGCUAGAUUGCUUGCGUCUAUGAUCGUGCCAAAGGGCAGAGCUUUGUUUUAAGCACUUAUUACUGGGUGAGCUAAUACGAGUAGUUACAAAUCGGAUGCUACCAAAAAACGAUAUUUAUCUAGUCUUCCUUCUCUCAGGACAUUCUCUUCUUCUUUUACUAUGUUAUUUGCUUUCACUAGCACCGGUUAGGAGACCAGUAAGAGCAGAUUCUAUAACAGUAAGAGUUACUUCCACUUGGCUCAAUAGCCAGAGAUGAAAGUAAUAGAAGCUUAUUCUUUCACACAAGAGCUACCUAUUUUUCUGAAUGUCCAGCUUAUGAUGAUUCAAUUACAACAGCUGCAGCAAAAGUAGAAGGAUCAGUCUCCCGAUGUACCCAACACCUUCGAAACAUCUGAGGUAAGGACCCCUUUUUCAGAUUUCAUGAUGAACCCUAGACUGAAUCCAACCCUGUCAAGAAGAAAGCCCUUUGUUACGCACUGGUCGCUUCCUGAAACAGCAGGGAUAUUCCAUCGACCCGACCCCUCAUUUUGUCUGGCUUUCUGGCUCGGGAGACAAAUGCAGCCCGUAGUUAGUUCAUUCAACGGAGAGGGAAAGCUGAAUUCACAUGUUUCCAGAGGAAUGCAUCGUGUAAUAACUAAUAAAUAUUUAUAUUUCACUUCUCCAUAUCUAAAAGGGAAGAAUCGAUCGAAAUGAAUCUGUACGAUAAAGACUUUUUAGUCGAAUGAGACCCGGAUAGAAAAAAUCCUAAGUGUCUUCUUGUGGCUUUGGGGUAUCUGAACCCAGUUGGCAUUCUUGUUCGGAUGCUUGAAUCGAACUCAUCCGUUUAUUCAUUCAAUUCACAGUCACAAAGAGACAGAAAAGGAAGGGCUUCUAUUGGAAUCCCCAUCUAAUUUCUCAUAAAAGUAGGACAAAAGAAAACUGGAUUUCGCCUUUCCUUUUUGGAUUGAUGAUUCCCUUGCCCUUACUCCUAUGAGAGUGAUGGUUCCCUUUCUUUCUUGUACCGAGGUUAAGGGUUCGGUAGAGUCACUUCCACCCCGGAACUAGUCCCGAUGGAAGACCAUAAGACUUUGACGAACCUUGAGCUCUAAAGCUCUCCAACAGCUCUAACAAUGAAUGGAGACUUCCAACCUAGAUGAUGCCCUCCUGUCUACAAAAGGCUUUGAGCCACUCCCAGGUUAAAGGGAUAUUACACCUCUUCCCCAGGAACUCUAAAUGAUUCACCCGGAAAACACAUAGUCGAUUCUGAGGUUGCUAAAUACAGAGCCUGGGAGUUCCGGUCCGCUGAUUGGUAGAUGGAAGUCUUUUCCCGAGGCCAAGACAUAUAUAGCUAGCUAUUUGCUUAGCUAAUCGAGGGCUUCACUUCCCUGCUCUGGUUCAAGACUAGCUAGGUAUCCUCCUCAAUAUCGUUACCACACUAGCUUGAAUAGUCUCAGAGCUUGGCUACGAUUGCCUCGAAGGAAUGCAGAGCUGUCUUAUAGUAGCCCUUUAUGAACCAACAAUCAGAAGACAGAAAGAAAGCAAAAGUAGAAGGAAGAGAAGGGAUUAAUAGAUGUUAUCCUACUAGCAGUGACUAGAAGGAAGGGAGCCAAGUCACUAACUAGAGGAAGGGUCCACGAUUGCCGGGUCGUGUUCGUGAACCAAUAGAGAACUCUUAGAAUUGACUCCUCGGAAAUUACUGAAAGACUAGCCUACGACCCCUCACAGAAAAAAGGGUCUCUGCUUAAUGGAAUUUAUGAUAAGUCUUUGGGCGUACUUUGACGAGGAAAACCUUCUUUCUAUUCUAUAGAAGCGCCAAUAAAAGAUAUAAAAAUAGAGGGAUUCUUAGUCUAGCGCGUAGUUUCAAAGAAUGAAAUUCAUAAGCCCCUGUCUUCUUUCUGGAGGCUUACGGUAAUCGUCCUUCCAUUAGCCCGAAACCGAGUUAGCAUCUUUCUGCCCUAAAAAAAGAGUAUAGUGCUCGUCUUUUGAUAAGAGUAUUCCAUAUUAUCUGUUGGAAAGUUUUCAACGUCCACCUUACCUUAUUCAACUACGGGAAUUUUUUCUGGUUCGCUACUAUCCUAUCUGAGCCUACAGCUCACGGUUGUAUACAGGGAGGAAGCCUUGAACUGGCCAAAAGCAAAAGCUUUCUAUUUGAACGGAAUUCCACAAUAGCAUUACCUUCGGCUGCACUUCCUUAUCUGUAUUCCUGGGCGGGCGUAGAAACCCCUGCUUGAACAUGAGCUAGGGACCCAGCUCCCUCCCCCGCGCCCACUCCUUGAACAUGAGAGUGUUUGGCUAAAAAUCGCACGGAUUGAAUCUUCUUCAAGAAGGAAAACCCUUCUUUUAGUUUGUUUUUAGAUGAAGAUCUCAUUGUGAUGUCUCGUUCCCUCUUUUCUUUCAUUUCACUUUAUUGUAUGAAUUCAACCAAUAGAGGAGUGGGAUACUCAAAAAGUAGUGGCAGAAAUCGAAACAAUCGUAGGGGGCGUAGUCGUUGUUCUUAGUUCUCUGUAAGUUGAUUGCUUCCCGGAAUUCGUGAUCCUGGCUCAGACGAGAGAAAGCUAAGGAUAUACUUCUCAAAUGCAAGUAGAAGUCGAACAAGAUACCUCUAGCAGUAUUAAUCACUCGUUCAUCUGCCGAACCCCUUGGUCUUCCCUCUGUCCCACACAUCUAUCCAGCUUCGCUCGCUUGGCUCGGUAUCCUCCCGGAAGAAUACACACUCUCCUUUGUUCGAGCUUUGCUGGUAUAUUUCUAAUUAAGACUACUUUGGUACAUAAAGAAGUUUUAUACAAAAGUGAAUAACACCUUAGACUUCUUCUUCCAAUCCCUCUCUUAUCGAAUGAAUGAGCAGGUAAGUACAUUCAUUCAUCUUCCCCCUUGACUAAGCAUGAUUCCCACUAUCUACUAAAAGAGCGAUUGAGUCGAAACUUCCCCUUUGUAUCGAUUUCCCCAUGUACCUAGGUAGCGAGUGAUUAAGACAGCCCGAUGAGCUAAGAAGUAAAGAACGUUUUUUAUUAUCCCCUUUCCAUCAAACUUCUACCGAGCGGGAGAGAAAGGUAGAGAGAGUAAAUAGUGCUGAUAGCGAAUAAAAAGCCGUUGAGCGUGUUGGCCACACAAAAAUCUCUUUUUUUUUUAUUAUAAAUAGUUUUUUUGUUGGUGUUAAGUUAAUAGGUUACUUGAUCGAAGGGAUAGAACACUUUACUUUAAUACCAAUCAAAGUACCCGAUCCUUUAGCGAGAAUCAAUAAAAAGAGAUGGGCGAGCCUUCAUUAGCUGACUUGCUCCUUUCUGAGGAUCGAAAGGACUUAUUCUAGCAUGCCCAUUCAAGUCCCAGCAAAUGCCCGUGCUUCUUUUGGACUUAUGCCUUGCCUGUGCUCUAUCAUUCAUUCCCAAAAGCCCAUCCAAAGGCAGGCCAUGCUAUUCAAUGCUCGAGAAGAAGGGCUCCUAUCCCUCCCAAGGAAGGGCAGUAGCUUGAUUACUUGACUGCCUGUUCCAAUGUCACCUCGUUCUAUCUAUCUUCCAUCCGUUACCUUGUUCUUCUUGCCACUGGGGCUUCAACCUUUCCAUCAUUUCCUGCGAUCGAGCUAGCUUAACAUCCUUAUUAAAUUGAAGCAUGAUGCUGCUAUUCUGCUCGGCGCAUUUCUUAGGGAUUUUCCCUUAGUCAAGUAAAGGACCAGGUACUUUAGUACAGAGGUAUUACAUAGCUCCGUGACCACAGACUGAAUCAUGGGCUAGGAGGAGUACGAGUGAUUAGCGGGAAUAUUCGAUUGCUCGUCCGCUAAAGUCCUGUCUGCCUGCCUGUUGAUUUAGUACGUUCCUAUCCCCUCCCCUUGGGGAGUUUGAUCAAUCUUCCUCACCCCUAAUGGUUUAGAUUGAGCAGCCAGGUGGGGGAGAAAGCGGCCGUUGCACUGAUAGGAGUGUAAUCUAAUUGAAUCUAUCUAUCUUUCCUGUCCUUGAGGAACAGGUUAAAGAGCUUAGGCAAGACUUGGCCCCUAUUUGAAGUAGACCUAACUCGCUCUUUGGCUCGCUCCUCGCUUUUGUUCAAUUAUAAAUAAGAAAAAGAAAUUAGAUAUUCGAAUAUCUAAUAGCGUGAUAGAGACGGCGAUAGACUAGACUAUCCCCUAUCCGGAUAGAUAUGUCCCUAUGAGCGACUACGCCGAUCUUUAUAUGUUUUGGCCACGUCCGUUUCCGCUCCGAAGAGGAAGGUUUGGAUCUUUCAAUCUUAUGUCGUGAGGGAUGUGACCUAUGUUAGGUCCAUAAAAUACCACCGCUUUUGGUGUUCUAUGAUUCACCUCCGAAUAAUGAGUAGGUAGUUCGAUCCUUUUUAUUCUUCUCUUCCUAGUAAACUUAUGGGGGGGUGCGGACCAAUAGGUCGAAUUACUAUAUAAAGAAGAGUUGUAAACUAUCUUCCUUCUUGUUCGAGUAGGAAGAUAUCGCUUUUUCUCGUUUCUUCUCUUCGAUAAGAAUAGGGAUUUGAAAUGAUAAAAAUUCCUCUUCAUUCUGUUGUGCUCAGCGAAAGAACUUCCUAAGCAUACUUUUUCGGAUCCAAACUUCUUUGUUCUUUCUAAGUAUUCUUCUUGCAUAGAAUAACGCAACUGUUGUUGCAAAAACCGGGAUUUUAGUAGCAGGCGGCAUCCCCGCUUAGUUUUGAGUAGGCGGAACCAUUCCGUUUUGGUUCUUCUCCACAUUCUUACCCGGUGACCCAGGAAUUUGCCUAUAAUUUUUUCUACUGAUAUUUCGAUAUAGAAAGAUCUCCUUAUUUCUUCACCGCGGAUUUUCGCGUCAUUUUCUUGAAAAGAUAUUAGAUCGCCGUGGGAAACUUUCAAACGAGUAAUGCUUCCCAUUCGAUUAUUCACACAAACCCUUCGAUGACUUAUCGGCUGCCUUGCUUGAGGAAUAGUUUCACGAAAAUGGAGACGAACCGGAAUAACGUCCGAUCUUGUUUCUGGAUUGAGUAGAAAAGGGAUAUAUGAAGUUCGUUCUGUUCCUCUGUGCAUCUCUGUGAUGGGUAAAUCCCCAUGAAUAAGGGGCAACUUUCGUGUAGUUUGUGAUUGGAUGUAACUGUUAAGAUUUUCUCUUGGAUAAAUCUUUCUCUUAAUAGAUCUCUUCUUGUUCCUCAAUCUUCGGAGAAUGCGGCGUUGUAUUAUUGUAAGUUCUCUCUUCCGAACAUUUCCUGAAAGUAGACGACAAGUUUUAAAUCUUAAUGCAGGCAUAUCUCCGUUGAAUCAGUCUGAUUCGCCACAUCGCGUAUAACGGGAGUCGAACCCAAUUCUGCCAAAACCCCCGCAAAAGCAAGAAGGAAACUACCUAUCAUUUUUCUCUCUUUCUUUGACCUGGCACACUGAACACAUACCCCAUCUAGAAGAAAGUCAAAGUGACUACAUCUCCUUCGGACCCUGACGUGAACAGACGCUCUCUCCAUCGAGAAAUUCAACUGUCAAGAUUAGCGUACUAAACGAUUCGAUCUAUCACCUACGUCAUUUCUACUUGCUUGGAAAAAAUCCAUACUUGUAGCACCCGGACCCAUAUCUGCAUCGUUCUGUCAUCCAACAUGCUUCUAUCUAAGUGAUUUCAUAAAAUAUGGAAUGGAUAUGUAUGGGGUCACAAGAGGGUCGAGCGAGAAUAGACGAUGCUGGUCAUUAAGUGGGAGUUUUCUUUAAGGCAUUCCUUUCCUUAGACUAGGGCCUGAGCAAGCCUCUUUUCAUUCUAGCGGUCAGUCUGUAAGUUAAACAAAAGUCCAUCCGAUCAGCCAGUUGCAGAAGAAGCUCAGCUUAAAGCCAGUAAGCCCUCCACUCCAGCGGAACGACGUUGCUUUAGCUUUCGGGCGUCAAAGCGUAAAUCUGUAGGUUCGGGCUAAGACUUGUUUGAGAAUAAACUGCUAUUGCUACUUACGGUGAUAAAGAAAGGCCCUUCGAACUUCACUAUCUGGCAUCACAGCCUAUUCCGACAACGUGCCAAGCAAAAGGCCAAGACCGGUAUGCCGACAACAGAAGUAAAGGAGCAAAGCCAUAAGCCAAGCUAGCGUGCUGAACAGAAAGUCGUAGAGUGAUCACAGCUUAUUCACCAAGACGUGUGAACAGCGCCUAUUCGAUAGCAGCUUGUACCCGGAUUCCGAUAACUAAGGGAAUUCCUCCUAUAAGAGCGGAUUCCAUCGGGUUAUCAGCUUCGGCUAUUCUCACUGCUAGCAGUUAGGUCUAGUAUGCCUCUUCCUAUUAGAUUAUACAGUCUGACUAAGAGUUCAGAGUAUAGUUCUGAGAAUGGAAAUCAAAUAAAGCGAAAAGGAGAACGAAAGAAAUCGGGAAAACUGCAUGCAAUCGACAGCCAAAAGAGAGAAGGCAGUCGCUGCACACUCUAUAUCUUACCUCGGGGCCCAGAGUUUAUUCCCUCGCCUUAAUCUUUAAUAGAACUAAGCCCCUACUAGAUAGAUUCAUUUUAUUGACCUUGAUUCCAGACACCAUGAAUGCGCCGCUUUCUUGACUAGCCCCUCUUCCAAGCCUAUUGAUAACCAAGCUACGACCUAUCUUACUUAUUUAGAUUUCUAGGACCGGGAGGGACAGAGAACACCUAAGAGCAGGAGGUUCCUUGUGUGAAACUUAGAUGUUGAAGCACGCACCCUUUAUCUUAUGCUAUGGGUAAGGAAGGCAACGAGCCAAACCCAGUAGUUUUUAGGAAGCAACCUCUCCCCUCCCCCUAUCCAAUUUCGGGGCCCCUUAGUGUAAUGCCUUAACGGCCUUUUAAGCGCCUCUCACAACGGACUCGACGCCAAUCCCGGCAGAAGGAUUUGGUUACCAUAAGUGGAGGCAUGGUCCUAAAUUUUUCCGUUGUUAUAACAGAACUAUUUUCAUAUAAAGAUGCUCAAGCGAGGAGAUGUUAUGUUACGAGCAUCCGCCCCCUUCUUAGUCAAUGGGGCGCAGGGAGGCCAAUGGUAGGAAGCUUAACAUCAUCUUUUCCAAUAAGUGAGUCUCUCGAGGCUUACUCGUUCCGACCCUGAACAACCUUUUUUUAGAAAAGCCAGCCUGGCCUGUAGGAAGUUCGGGAGAAGGGGUCGACUCAGGCAUUACUCAAUAGAGGUGCAAGGCUGACUCCCAAAAUUGGAGUUAGACUAAUUCCCUUCCAACCGAGGAUUAGUUUGUGAGGAAUUCCCCAAUCCAUCCACAACUUUAUUCCUAGCACAUGGUGAAAGCCGACGACAUGACAUAAAGAAAGAAGAAAAACAAAGAACCUCAAUGAGAAGGUCCAUGCCUUCUUCCAAUUGUUUUGCCAAUGAUGGAUUUCGCGCCAUUCCAUCGAAAACUUAUAAGAAGGCAGGAUGAUAGGGCAGAUGUAGUUGUUAAGAUCUACCUUUCGGCAUUUACUAUGGCCAAGCUUAUAAAGCUAGCCAAGCCAGUGUCGAAGGAGACCUUCCAAUCUAUACUGUCCCCUCCAUCGGACCUUAGAAAGGUUGCGAUGGCCUCAGUAGAGAUACUUAAUAAAGUGCCUCUAUUGUUUAGGAAGUAUAUCCCUGAUAUCUCCACUAUUCCCCUUAAAUCAGGGAACAAAUAAGCCUCUGCCUCAAUCUCAUAUUCAAAGAUUGUUGUUCAAGCCCUUACUUCAUCUGAUCUGGGCGGAAGUCUGAAAGUAUAAAGCCAGGGAAGUCAGUAAGAUUGACUGAAGACAUGAAAUGACGUAGGAUGACAGACAAAGAUUGAAAGCAUGAAUUCUAUUAAGCAAGAGGCAAGGAUCGAAUGGAAGUCUCUUUGAUUGGUUGAUCUUAUUCGUUACGCUUGUCCGAAGUAAGAGAUUUUGACUACCUUGGUUUCUCCAAAAGGUUCUUUUCUUUCUUUAUCUUAUUAGUUACGGUUGUCCGAUUGAUUUAACAAACUUGAUUAGGUGCAAUGAAUAAAUAGGGGGCGCCCCCAACUCCUUCUUGUUAUGACUUUAAGUUCUUUUUUCCAGCUUCUAUGUCUCUGGUCCCAAUGCUUUCCUAACUAAAUAGAUAUAGGAUGCUAGCUCCGGUCGGGAAUGUAUUAGACUAAAUCAUAGUACUAGCUCGGGUUCUGACUUCACUGUAUAUAUAAAAGGAAGGAAAUAAGAAUUGUUUGUAGCUUUCUAACCGCACUCUUAGUAGAAGGCCCGGCUUUAUUAGUUAGGCUGUGAUUCUUUAAGGCUUAUGCCUAUACUUCAAGACUUUACUUGCUUUCUGACUUUAGACUUCUAAGUACGGGCUUUGGUAACUACAACAAUAGAAAGAUAUCUCUUCCUCUAUCUCUAAAAGGGCUAACUAAAUGGAAUUACUUCUCCGGACUUGAUUGCAAGAACGGAAUCACCAGCUUAUCAAUAUCUGGAACGAAAGAAGACUUCUUCCUUUCGCCUUCCUUACUAGACUACUUAGACGAGACGAAGGAAAUACCUAACUUACCGGUGUAGAUAGCUGACUGAGUAAACGAGAUUGCUGCUUAGGCUUCUUCCUUUUAGGCAGACGGGAGAAGAGGAACGGAUUCCCUGGGUUUAGUAAGAUCCGAGCCCGAUGGUUCUUGCAUAGCAUAGCCUAAAGAUCAGUUAGCUUCUAAAGGCCCUAUCUGUAUACUUCCAACAUACGGCAUUUAGCCUGUGAAAGCCAGAUCUGAGACAGAUUCAUUCUUGACUGCUUACUUGACUUUUUUCAUGCGAAGAUAGGAUCCCGCUGAGAAAGGAUAAGAUUCUAUUCAAUCUUUGCCUACCUUUGAAGAGGAACUAGGCCUUAGCCGAUAUGCCUUUUUCGCACUUCCACUUUGAAUCUGUUAUUGAAUUCCCUGUACACCAAAGAAAGUAAGCAUCAACUAGAGCGACUGGGGAAGCCUUCCUUCCCUUCAAGUCCAAGUUUUGCAUUCGAGACCCUGGCAUUACUAUGUGCACCAACUCCAUACUCCUCUUACAUCCCUGUUAUCAUAUUUAGUACGGGGCCUCGCAGCUAAGACUAUCCCUCACCUCGUGCCUUCAAAGUAAACCGGAACUCACUCUCUCACUACGAAGGACUCCUUUCGAGCUCUUUUUGGACCCUUUCAUUUAACUAAAAGUCUCGCAGACGAUGAAAAGGAACUACUGGGCGCAGCGGAUGAUUGGAACAAAAGCCAUUCUUUCACAACCGAUUCUGGGCAUUCUAUAGAAUGCAAAACCUGACUUCCUUUUUAAAGCUACUAAGUGAAGGGAUUCCGAUUCCUCAUUUCGACAAAGAAGCUGUCGACUUAGUGCACACUGCGGCAGGAGGGGCUACGAAACGAAACCAAUAAGCGUUCCUUUCAUCCUCUUUCUCACGACAAGUGGAAUCUGGCCUAUUCAAGAAGCCAAAGUCUUUUCCGGGAAAGAUCAGAUAUGGAUUAGAAUUCUCUUCCGAAUCUACUAAGCCUCAUCCACCCCUUCUCCCCUUAGUCGAAUGAUCGGAAAGACGAAACUGUGGAAUAAAGCCCGGAAGGAGCGAUGCUUCUUUGCCCAAUAGAUGCAUAUAAUAUAAUAAGGGUUAGCUAAACCAAUUGCCUGGAAAAGGAAAGUAGUCUAAAGUAGAGCGUGAAGCUGCUUUUUCCGCACCUUUUGGCAAGAUCAUAUCUGGCCCCUCGAGAAAGCACUAUAGGGAAGGUUUACUUUUCCUUUCCGUGAAGCCGCUUUCGGCUAGAGCAAGAUCGAUUGAGUACCAGUACUGCCUUGCCCGCACAUGGAUCCAAUUAAGCCGGAUUGCUUUGCUGAGGAAUGGAGUGAGCGCACAGAGAAGGAGAUGUUUUGAGGUUUGCAGGAAUUGAAUCAAUAGGAGAAGAUAUCCCCGCAAGGUACUCUUGCUGUUAAAACGAAGGCUAAAGUAAUUGUGGACUAAAUAGCGGCAGCAAGUUUUCUGUGGAGACUAGGAGUAGCACUAGUCUCAGGAGCUCUUUGAGAAGCUUUUGGGAGUCAAGAGGAAUGCCCUAUGCAUAUGUGUCGAAGGAAAGGGAAUCAAUAGAUGGGAUUCAUACUACUAAGAAGUCCCAAGCUAAAGGGAAAGAGAAAAGCAAGCAACCGCCCCAUUUCUUUACUUGAAUAACGGAGUUCCAGAAGAGGUCCAAUGGUACGCUCCGUGCCUGGUCUACAAUACAUGAACUACCAGUUCAAUUUGAAAGUUAUAAACAUACCGGAUGGUUCAAUAAAAAGCACUUGAAAACGAGCGACCAUAAUAAGAAUAUGGAGGGGUUGAUCUUCCCAAGUGGAAUUGGCUUUGUUUUAAGUGCACGCAGUGAGACAACCAGUACAGCUGGUAUUGAACCAGGCUUGUUGGAAGAGACAGAUGGAUAUGGAUCCAGAGUUGUGCCCAAGAUUAAUAAACAACUGGUUUUUAUUGGACCACCGGGAAUAGAACACUUCCUUCGGCUGGGGUAUCCUAUCGAUAUAUCCUCCCGUAACUUUCGGCCUCUGAGACAACUCGCACCUUUACAACGUCUAAUAAAUGUAGGAACCUAUUAGGGUAGCUGAAAGUUAUGAGAAAUCGCCAAUACCAACAUCAGAGAUCACGAUUACAGUGUCUGGGAGGUCUUAUACGAAACCUUAAUAUAAAGCCGGGAAGAGGUCUAAAUAAGAAAGGUUAGGCUUCUAAGAUAAUAUAAGAGAAGGGUAGGAGUCUCCGGGCAGAGUGACGUAACUCAAGCCUUCGAUACUAUAUAGGUGAAGACCACAUGUUUGAAGCACAGUAUCGCCCAGAAGCUUAUGGUCUGAUCGAUGGGUAAAUGUAUGGAUUGAGGAUUUCCGGAAUCGUGUGUUUAGCACGAGUGGAAAAGACCUUGUUUGAAAAUAAAUCCAGUGACCCGAUCGAAAAGGUCAUUGGGAGAACGAUUAGCUAAUCCGUUUGAAUCGCUGUUAGCUAACUGUUUUGGAUAAUUUUGUUCUUAGCAGCAAAAAUCUUAUUUUUCUCUAAAGGUAGUGAGUGGACACUUAGUCUAGUCUGCCAAUCGCUGUUCUUCCCUUUACCCAACCUCCGUCCUUUAUUCCAAAUCUUUAGGAUAAAACCUACCCGAUGAUUCAUAGUAUUUCUGGCAAAGCCCUCUUUUGUCGGGCGCACGAGACCCUCUAGAAGCGGAUUCUGUUCCAUGAGAUACGUCCUUUCGAAUCCUACUCGGAAUAUGAACACACUGGUUCCAACGAAUCAAGUUGCACCCAGAUUCAAUCUUCUCAACUACGAGCGAAGUGCUGCAAACAAAGCUGCAGAGCAGCGCGCUAAGAUAGGGGUCCAGAGUGGGCCAUCCAAUCAUUUGCACCUAUGCCCAUAAACGUUGGGGGGGGGACUACCUCGGGUUUGUUUUCUUCUAUUCAACGAAGAUAGGUUGACACUACCAGGUCCAAUUCAACACAAAAACGACUUCGUAGCUUGAAACAACCCUCCUCCUAACUUCUUUCUAGCAUACCGAGGAAAGAGAAUCCCUGGAGUCGUUUAUCUACGUUUGAGCAAGUUGGUUGGAAAAAAGAUGACUUCCGAUCUAAUCUCACUUUUUUAAUGUAUGUUGAUAUGGAGCUUUCUAAGCCUUUUACACCUAGCCCAGCCUCCCUAUUUCAAGCUCAGGAGAGAGAGCCCGAGGGAGAAGCUGUUGUCUCUUUUGUUGAAAAGACUGUUCACUCAGGGGUAGCGGUGAAUAGGAACUAAACUUUCUUCUCGAAUGGGUAUAGUAAGUGUGCCACGAGUGCUCCGCUUCUGCUUCUCUCUAAUAACGAAAAAAUAACUUUUUAAGAAAGCAAAGCUCAGUCUAAGCUAUCUAAGCUAGAACUUAAGGCCGACCUCUUUUCCGGGGAUACCCCACUUCCUGGUCUAGCUUCACUAACUGUAUUCACAGCUUUCCAUAUCUCGGAACCAGAUCUACUUUCUCAUCGGCAUUCUCUAAAUGAUUUACGUUAUGGUCUUGAACUCUCGAUAUAUCAUAUGUAAUGACAGAUCGAGGUAAGCUUGUCUUUUACGUCAUAUGCUUUCCUCUUUUGUUACUCUGAUCUCUGAGAGUGGCUUUUGCCUAAGCUUUCUUUCAUAGCUAUAGCUUUCUUGAAGGGCGAAGGGCUCGGGAGCUAGGUUAAGACCCUUUUUAGACCCUUAGUACAAUACCCUAGCACUCCCGCCUCCUCUUCAGACGUGUCUUCGACAACCUGGCGGUUGUUCGGUCUCCGCUUUUGGAGGCGGGCGCCCUCUAAGUUGACCACCCUACCCACUAAUGGACUAUGAGGGGGGGGCAGGCGAACGGGAACCGACCGAGAACCCGAACCGCUUGACUGACUGACCCCUUCAUACAUACUCGAUUCAUUAGGGUCGGGGAUGGAUGAAAUAAUCAAAUAAGUGAAAAAAAUCGCGCAAGCGAAGCCGGGAAACGGACCGCAGCGCAACGACUAGGACUCGUGUAGGAGGAGUUUUGAGCGUGAGCUACCACUCAUGCAGCGGCAAGGACCCGCUACUCUCGAAGGGGCCACCAACCGCCCGAAUCACUGUAGUGUAGCAAAACCUCCCUUUACUCAAUGGAUAGCGCUUAUCCUCUUUCUAUCAACAAAAUGGAGGAGAGGUCUUUUCUUUAUGGAAGAGGCCUUGCACCUAGGACUAAUUAGGAUCCAGAAGAAUGGGUCUAGGCUUUCGAAAAGAUGAAGAUGCAAAGGGUAAAGAGAAAAGAUAUGUCUUUUGAACAACCAACCUGACAUAAGGAUUCUAGCUCGCCCAGUUAGAGCAGAUGGAGGUUCUCGGACGGGGAAAAGCGGCACUCGACAUCUAUUAAACAACACCAAGAACAAAGCCAUACAUGCCCUCGGGAGAAACUAGUGAUGAUUGCCAUGAAUGCAGCCCUCGAGGACGUGUACAAGAAGGUCUUUGCCGAUUCCUAUCAACCAACAUGAUGCACCUCUCAGUAGAGGGCAUGAAAACGCCGUGGAGACUUUGACCGAAUGAAUAGGUAUCAAUUGAUAGACAUUUUUCUUGAGGAAUAGAAUCCAGGAUGAACGCUUUUUUCGUUCGCUAUGUGCUGCCCUUCUAUAAAAGAUGCUCGCGUGAUCGAUCGAUGGACGGGGGAAUUGCAUGAAUGACGAGCUUAAGCCUAUAGUGCCCCCAUCUUUAAUCUUAAGUAAAGUGAAGUCAAAUCAAUGAAGUGAACAGCCCAACCUCUUUGUUUGAAGCUUUGCUUCCCCUAAUUCCAAAAAACAAGAAAUAGACACUCUAGUUAUAGUAUAGGAAAAAGCUUCUCUUUGAUAGCGGGGGGGUUCAGAAUGAAUAUGAUCGUAGAUAGAGACUAAAACCUGUGCGGGGGUAGGGGCGGAUGUAGCCAAGUGGAUCAAGGCAGUGGAUUGUGAAUCCACCACGCGCGGGUUCAAUCCCCGUCGUUCGCCCAUCAACAAAUGGACCAUUUGUUGAGGUUAAAAUUCUUUUUUUUUCAAGUAAUCUCGAAGUUUUCACACGCAUCCAAGCAAUUGGUAUUCGAUUAAACCAUAGAAAGCAUAGAUUCGCCUCGCCUACUUGGAUUCGGCCCCUGCUUGCUGUGAAAACAAAGAAUCCGGACAUGUGCUGAAAUGCCUUGUAAGUGGAGACAGAAAGCGAUAAGAACCAGUGACGGGAAAGCCUCCCAUAAGCAAAGAAGAAAGAAAAAAUAUCGUUGUUAAAAAAGAAGAAAAGAAGCAAGAGUUGGCACUUAGGAUCUCUGAGUCCCCAGGUAACAUAGUGAGGAAAGAGAAUUCGACCCAAGACCAAAGAAGGCUUUCGCGCGUGUAGACGUGUAGAUAAGUUCCGGCCGAGGAAGGUGGGAGGUAGCGAUCUCAUCCAACAAUCCUCUCCUCAUGUCGAGGCUUCGGACCUCUAGGAAUGGGCCUUCUCGCGAGCUCAAUAGCCUUUUUUAGGCCCUGUUGAGUCGGGUAUAAAACCACACUACUUUUUGCUUAUAGAAAUUGGGCUUGUAGGAUAUCUCCCUGAGCGCAGCUACAAUUGCUUUAGGGUAGAAGUCAAGGCCGAAACUCUUUUCUCUCUUUAGCGCUAGGCCUUCGUCAUAAAGGGAAUUGACUCUUAUCUUAGAAAGGCUAAUUGAGUCAAAGAAGUGAAAGACCGACCCAAAAAAGCUAGGCUCGAUGCAAUUGAGUAAAAGUGGAGGGAUAUGCGGUCUCUUCAAGAAUCAAUGCCGCUUUCUAAGCCCGAUUUGCUUCUUCUAAUAGAGUAGAGGAAACCCCUCUUCUUUCGUCUAUUCUUUGGUUAAAGCGGCUAAAUCCUAUGGAGCUACGUGAAAGCUAAAAGCUAAGGUGCGUCUUUACUUUAACAUUUCGAAAUCUCUUUCUCUCUUGGAAAGCCUUAGAGUUCUUGAUUCAGUAGGACUUAUCCUUCAUUAUGCUAGAGGCAAGAGGCCCUUAUAAAGCAUAUGAAGGAGAAGGCUAAAGCCCUAUAACAAGAUAAGAAAGCCCUGACCCAUGUUGUCUAUUUUCGUAGGUGAAUCAAGUACAACAAGUAAGGUCAGGGUAGAGGAUUUUGCUCUGCUAUGCAGAUCCACUAGACUAGGAAAGAAGUACGCAUUGCUUACUUACUGUUUCUGUUUUUUCGAUCCCUAGUAGCUAAUUAAGUUGCUAGUAGGGCGAGAAGGGGAAGGAAGGGAAAGGAUAGCCUUUUUUCAUAAAAGCUCUUCAUAAAGACCUAUGAGACCGCGUUUAUCCUUAAGAUAUAGGAGGGCUACUUACUGGUGGAACACUUUGAAGGAAAGGUACAGAAUCUGAGUCCUAGGCCACAACAGCACCUCUUUAUCCCGAAUCUUUUCUUUUUCCUCAUCAGCUUUCGAGCCCCUUUCUACAAAAUCUCUUGCUGUCUUUUCCCGGUUGGAAUCCUUUUUUAGCCGAGUUUUGUCUUUACCUUUCUCCGCUGCCAGAUAAGUUGGCUAACCGUGGCCCUACUCCUUUCAUGCCUCCCCCAAAAUACAUCCACUCUGUAAGGAGAUGAGAACUCUUGGUCUAGGAGUCAAAAAGAGGUGGAACUUCUAUUCUAUAUAUACGCUAUUUCGCGCUGAGCGAGGCUGCUUUCCCUCCUUACGUUGGAGUAAGCUUCUUCUCUGAUUUCAUCACCUUCUCUUUUGUCAAGCAAGGAAUAACCAGCCUGAGGGAAGUAUAAAAACCCCUUCUUUUCUUGGAUCCUAGGAAAAAGGAUUUUUAGUCCUUUAGAACAACCUUUUGAUCCCAAUAUUUCCGGCCCUUUCGUAUUUUUGAAUCUCACAAACAAUUGAAUCUUACUACCCCAGUCGAUCCUAUUGGCAACGGGCAAACGACGCUUACGCCGGAUCCCCAAUGAAUGACCUGGCCUCUCUCUUGCUCUUGAAAGAAUAGACGUUGAGUUCGAGUUGUUAUCAUGCCGGAUCAGAAAAGUAAAAAGCCAUACUAAGAGCCAGCGGACCCUGCUCACGGGAGUAAGGCCUGUUCUGUAGUGGGCAGACGCAGCUGGGCCAUCUGAAAGAAUAUAGGAAAAAGAGCCGCAGCCGCUGGAGAAAACCAAUUACGCCGGGUUCUCAAUUCAAUGGAGUAUGUAGUGAGUUUGAAUUGACCCGGUUAGCUAGACCUUUCGCUACCGUCCUAAGGUUCAACCAACCGUUGGUUUGCUUUAACAAGAUUUCACUGAAGUGAACCCGACGCGAAGUUGGUGAAACCUGAGCGUAGCUAAUGAAAGGGAAUACCUUUGAACAGAACCGACUAUAAGCCCUGAGAGCCAGCAAGCAAACCCCUUACUCUCUCUCUAUAAAAAAAAGCCUGCGUAGUAAACUCCUUGUUUGUUUUCUUUCCGAUAGCUUUUUAGUUUUUCCAGUUUUCAAGUCAAGCGAGAAAGCAAGUGGAAUAAGACUUUCCUUUGGCCAUUUCUCAGCAAUAGAUAACUACCUGAAUGGAAGCAAGCAACCUUCGGGGAGAAGAAGAAGAGUGGUCGAAGACUACGAGUCGAAGCUAAGA